CUUACCAGAGUCUUCAACCCCCUGAUCUUUCUUUCAUCAAUAACAAUAUUCAAUCAUGGGAAAUUCAAAGAUCACGCUCUACCUUGACGUCGUAAGCCCUUUCGCUUACAUAGGGUUCUAUGCAUUGCAGAAUCUCGCAAUCUUCAAGGAUUGCGAUAUAACGUAUGUACCCAUAUUCUUGGGUGGUUUGAUGAAAGCAUGCGGAAACACCCCACCGAUCAUGGUUAAAAACAAGGGCAAAUGGAUCAACCUUGAGCGUAAACGCUGGGCGAAAUACUUCAAUGUCCCAAUGUCCGAUAGGGCUCCCCCUGGCUUUCCCAUCAACACUCUGCCGAUCCAGCGGGUGCUUGUCUCGCUUUCUUUGUCCCAUCCUGAACUCAUUCCUAAGGCUUUCGAUGCGUUCUACAAGGAUUUCUGGGUCCAGUGGAAGGAGCCGCACAAGCCUGAGAAUAUAUUCAAAUUAGUGGCCGAGAUCGUAGGCUCCGAGGAAGAGGCCAAGAAUGUGAUUGACGGAUGUGGAAGUGACGAAGUGAAGAGGAAGGUCAUGGAGAAUACGGAUCAAGCUUUCAAGGAUGGCGCGUUUGGAUUGCCGUGGUUUGUGGCUACCAAUUCGAAGGGAGAGACCGAGUCAUUCUGGGGAAUCGAUCAUUUGGGACAAUUGAUUGAUCAUCUCGGACUACAGAGGCCUAACGAUGGAGCUUUCAGGGCUCUUCUAUAGAUUUAAUUGUAUUACAUUAUGUAACAUAUACCCUGUUGCACGAAGUAUAGUU